AUGACUUCUUCCAACCAUGCAGUGUGCAUUGAGAGCACAGAACAGUUACUUCUUCGACAUGUUGAAUUAAAUGCAUCAAACUCUCAAUCAUCUCCAAUUCCUCGCAUCAAUGCUAGUACUCAAAUAUGUGUUCAAGAAGACCAACUUGAUGAUGCAGAAUCGAAUUCUUCUUCUUCUUCGAUCAAUGAUCAGUUGAGUAUUCUCGCUGAAGAUGAAUAUGAUGAUGAUGAUAUCGUAUUUACUCCUCAUCCUCCAACCACGUCAAAUGGAGUCUUAACAAGUGCACCUACGUAUAUGAUGGAGGAAUCAAAGAUGAUCCAUCCAAAUGAUAAUAAUAUUAAUAAUACCAAGAAUUUGGAAGCAGAGCCUUUUUCCUCUCAAUUACAACAAUCACCACCCAAAGUAAAUGCACCCCAACCGCACGAAGAGCCAUCCACCACACUCCAUCUUCAUCAUGGUGGAACCACUCCAAGUUCUCUUCUUCUCCAACCUCCUCACUAUUUCAUCGUUUGA